CGUUCCUUCCGAGAACGCGCCCGUCCUGGCGUGUUUCCCCCCGCGCGCUGGUGGCUGUGGUGCAGCCCAAGGCGGAAGCGGCUCCCGACCCACCUGGCUCGCCAGCGCAGCUAUGGCCGCGGGCGUCCCCUGUGCUCUUGUCACUAGCUGCUCGUCCACCUUCUCCGCAGACCGACUGGUGCAACAUAUCCUUGGGACAGAAGAUCUUACUGUGGAAGUGACUGCCAAUGAUGCUGUGCGAUUUUAUCCCUGGACCAUUGAUAAUAAGUACUAUUCAGCAGACAUCAAUCUAUGUGUGGUGCCAAACAAAUUUCUCAUCACGGCAGAGAUUGCAGAGUCUGUCCAAGCAUUUGUGGUUUACUUUGACAGCACUCAGAAGUCUGGUCUUGAUAGUGUUUCCGCAUGGCUCCCACUGGCAGAAGCAUGGUUACCUGAGGUGAUGAUCUUGGUCUGCGAUAGAGUGUCUGAGAAUGGUGAGGCGCUCCAGUGCCCGGUAUUUGGUGUAAGCCGGCAAAAAGCUCAAGAAUGGUGUAUCAAACAUGGCUUUGAAUUGGUAGAACUUAGUCCAGAAGAGUUGCCUGAAGAGGACGAUGACUUCCCAGAAUCUACAGGAGUAAAGAGAAUUGUUCAAGCCUUGAAUGCCAAUGUCUGGUCCAACGUAGUGAUGAAGAACGAUAGGAACCAAGGCUUUAGCCUUCUCAGCUCACUGGCCGGAGCACACCGUGGUGCUGGGGCGGCAGAGAGCUGUCACUCAGAGCAGCAGCCCCGUUUGCCAGCAGCAGAUAGGACUGAAUGCCUCUUGGAUCACCGGGGUGGUGCAUCUAACACAACAGAUACUCAGGUUGAUAGCACUGUGGAUCCUGUGUUAGAUCUGGAUAUUCAAGAAUUAGCCAGUCUUACUACUGGUGGAGGAGAUUUGGAGAAUUUUGAAAGACUGUUUUCAAAGUUAAAGGAAAUGAAAGACAAGGCCGCGACGCUUCCUCACGAGCAAAGAAAAUUGCAUGCAGAGAAGGUGAGACAAUCAGGUGGCCAAAGCGUUCUGGAUGGCAAUCGGGGGAGACAGAGAGGAAAUUGAAGGCCUUUCAUCUGAUGAGGAGCACUAAAUCAUUCAUACUAGGGCUUAACAAAGAGGCUCACUCUACCUGAGACACUUCCCUUCUCAAUUGUUUUUGGACUUCGGCUGAGCUUCCCAUCAUCAUGUUGCCCUCCCGACUUGUUUAUAUAGGAUCCUCUUAAUUUUAGUUUUUAGUAGGGGGUUAAGGAGGAAUCUUUCCUUCCUCAGUUAUAAGGGAGUGAAGAGUAAAAGGACAGUAAGGAGGGAGAACUUUCCAAGUACACCUCUUUGUUCCAGGGACAGGAGUGUGAUGAGGCUCAGAGGGCUGUGGGCUUUGCCUGUUCAAGAAGGAAACCACCCCGCCACUCCUGGUCAGCCUCUGGUGUGGCCUUCCCCACACUCACACUGUGCUGCCUCAGAUCGAGCACUCGGGCCGCCUUCUCUGGUGGUCUGGGUUUUCUGCUUCCAAGGAGCUUGCUGUUCUGAGUUUUGAUGCUUCUGAGGGAGGAAGAGAAGCAGCGACCCAUUGGAUGUGUACUGGUGGGGCCAAAGUCGGUGGCCCUCGGGUUAGUCUCCAGCUAAGAAAGGCUCUGGGCAUUUCAUUUAAAGUGGUGUCUGAGCUCAUGAUUAAUGCAUUGAGCAGGCAGUGUGAAUUUUUAGACUAUAAUAAAUGAGGCAAAGGUUUCCACUCUGAUAGGAAUAAAACAAACCCCUCCAUGAAGUUGUUGGGGUUGGGGGUAGAGAGAGAGAAACAAAGAAUUCCCCGGGUGAGCCACGGAAACGCUACGUGGGUGCAUACUGAGAUCUGUGUGUUAGUGUUUCCAUGAAGAAACUCUUCUUCUUCCUUAGCAUUUCCCCCGCUGCUUGAGAUGUCAGAGCUGUGCUGUGUCAUACUCUGUACCCUCAGAACAAGGCACGUUUUCUCUCUGAAAGCCAAACAGAUCACUGCCAAAGUAGUACCACUGAGGAGAGGGCAAGGUGGGACAGGCUGUGAGAUGUCAGGCAGCCAAUCCCUUAGUGCCCUGAGUUACUUCCUGGGCUGAGGUAGGUGAGCCCCAGGGGAACUGAUCAUGAAAGUUUCCAAAGGAAGAGUGGGAAAUAACAGCACAUAAAAUUCCUUCUUUCUCUUUUUGUAGACACUUGCUAGUGCCUGUCAUUAGCCUUCACUGUGGUAGUCAUUGCCACGGCUCUAACGUGGCACGGGGCUGAGGGCUGCUAGGGUAGGCCUAGGUCACUAGAAGAAACGAGUUUCAGGCCCCUCCUUGCCACCAGCAUCUAAGGACUGCUGACCCUGAAACGGAUGGCAGACUGAGUGGAAUGCUCCAGGAAGCAGGCCGGGGUGGCCACAGGAGGGAAGGUUUCAGUGGCUGGAACGUUCAAGAAGAGCCAUUCCAGGGUACCUUGGAAGUUCUCUUUGGUGACUUUUUCUUAACCUCCUUUUUUUUUUUUUUUAAACUAUUCUGAAGGUCUUUGAGACUAAUUUGUCCCAUCAGUGUUUCUUUGAGGUGACUAUAUAAGCCAUUGAUUAGGAAUGUAAGGAAAGUUGGCUCUGGGGUUGUAAAAUGAAAGAUAGAACAUGUUUUUCUUAAGCCAUGAAAGGUUUCAGAAAAUUAGGUCAUACGGUUAGGAAAAACAGACUAGAAGAAGCUGUGAACUUGAUUUUGUGAGCUAAACGAAGUCAGGUGAUUAAAAUGUGAUUUAUUGAUAAAGUCUAAUGUGUGUUGUCACGGUGCUUUUUAGCGGGAUGUGUGAGGGGGAGGCCUUCCUUCACUGCAUCAGGCAUAGUGAACAGUCUAAGACUUUGUCAAACUCACUAUUCUGGAAUCCAUCACACAUACGGAUAACAUCAGCUCAUACUUUCAGGACCUUAGUCUUAGAGUUUAGGAUAUAGGCCCCUUCUAGGGGACUUGUGAGCUAAAAAUAUCCAGUGGUAUCUGCUGAAGAGUCAUGUUUUAAGAAGUGUGAUCAUGAGGUAAUAGUGCAGUAAGUGCUGCCGUCUAUCUAAAGUGACCUGUGUACAUGCCACCCCAAGUUAUUACGGACUGUCCAUCUGGGAUUUCAAACGAGAGCCUUGGCUUUUUUCCCUCUUAAACGUUUCUCAAUUUGCAUAGCACCGUGUCUGGCACAUAGUAAAACCUUACUUUUCGUUUGGAUUUGGAUUUGAUAGUUUGAUGAAUAUGAUCCCAAAGUUUGAAGGUCCAUGAGUGCUGGUAGGGAGAGACAAAAAUAAACAUUUUUUUUUCCCCC